AUGCGGAAAUGUGUAAUUAGCUGGAUAUUCCUCGUUUGUCUCAGCUGUGUUAAAUCAUUCAAUCUCGAUGUUUAUGCACCAAUCUAUAGGUUUGGUCCCAAAGGGACUAACUUUGGAUAUUCGGUUGCAGAACAUUUUAAGGGAGAGAAACCAGUAAUGCUGAUCGGUGCGCCACGUGGCGAGUCUGGACAAACGGGGACCGAACGAGCGGGUGCAAUGUACUCUUGCGACAUCAACACAUUUUAUAAUAUUGGAUCACAGCAUUGGUGUGAACAGGUGCGUUUUGAAUACGACAACGCUGAAGAUUAUGCGAAACGACCGAACGAGACACGUGGCAGAACUGUUCAUCCGUUGGGAAAGAAUGAUCAGUUGUUGGCUUCAACGAUAGUGUCGAAGGGAACAAAAAAUGGAAGUGCAUUGGUGAGCAUCUCUUUUGUUUUCGGAGAGGAAAACGUCAUUGAAAAGGGGUUCCAACUUACAAGAAAACUCUGUGAUACCAUUACUUACUUAGAGGAGGUUUGCGCCCCACUUAUCCGUUACCAUCAAACUGCUGCAUAUCCACAAGGAGCUUGUUACGAACUUGAGUCCAAUCUUCGUCUUCAAUCCACAUAUGCAACAUGCGCUCAAAAGAAUCUUCCAACUACUGAUAGACACAAUGAAUACGGAGGUUGUAUGGAAGGAUUCUCUGCUGCUAUUACUCAGGACACCGUUGUGACUGGUUUGAUUGGAAGUGUAAAGUGGACGGGAGGUGUUUUCGCAAAGAAAUCCUCGGCGAGUAUUUUCGAUUCAGUCGUCGAAAAGUUCACAAUGAAUCAACCAGCAGAAGAUAGUAUCAGAACGAGACUCGUUGCUCACGACUAUCUCGGUUAUUCUGUUGAUAUUGGAAGAUUUGGAUUCUGGUAUGAAGAUGGAAAACCGAUUACUGUAGUCUCGGGAGCAACGAGAUAUGGAGAGCAUGGAGCAGUGAUUUUCCUUCCGUUUAUUCAAGAUUCGAGUUCGAAACUUACUUUGAAUGAGGAUAAGUUUAUAAUAAAUGGAACUGCAAUGGGAUCAGCAUUCGGAUAUUCGAUUGAAGUUGUCGAUUUGAAUGGAGAUGGAUUUGAUGAUUUGAUUGUUGGUGCUCCAUUCGAACAUCGAACUGGAAUUGAUGGAAACUUUGGAGGAAUUGUUUAUGUGUAUUUCUCUCAGGGAGUCCAACGACAGAAACAUGAAUCUCACUUGGUAUUCCACCCACCUAAAGUUAUCAAGAACCCAGAUUUCUAUUCUCAAUUUGGUCUCUCGAUUACAAAACUCGGAAACGUCGAUGGUGAUAAGAAUGGAUUGAAUGAUUUUGCUGUUGGAGCACCAUUUGCAUUUGAUGGCGCAGGAGCAGUUUAUAUUUAUUUGGGAACCAAGAAUAUCGAUAAAUUCCGAAAGAAGCCAGCUCAAGUUAUCAAGGGAAACGAGCUUCCGAAUAUUCCAGAUGGAAUGAGAUCUUUCGGUUUCUCGUUGUCUGGUGGAUCCGAUAUGGAUGAUAACGGAUAUCCAGAUCUACUUGUUGGAUCCCCUUCCAAGAACUUUGUGGCUCUUCUUCGUGCUCGUCCAGUUAUCAGUAUCGAUGCAAAGCAUAAAAUGCAGACUCGAAUGAUUGAUAUUGAUAAAGGAGUCAACUGUCCACGUGGAUCGAAGACUUGUUUCCCUCUUGAAAUGGUGAUAUAUGUGGAUGAAGAGACUACACGAGGUGCUGAAUUAGUCGACUUCUCAUCUGAUGUCUUUAUUUGUAAUCUGGAAGCAAUUCCAUAUCGAGCUGAUAUCACAGCACGUGGAUUCAUCGAAGGAAGUCAUUCACACAACUAUUCAUGGCCUUGUGGAAGUAACAGUCACGUUCAGAAGAGAACUUAUCGACAGAAUAUCUAUUUGCCAGUUCAAGAGGCGAAAGAUUGGAUCACUCCGUUGAAAUUCAGAUUCACAGUGAGCAUCAGAAACGAAAAGAAGCCGAUUCAACCCCCGCAAGGAAGCCAAGUCGUCGAUUUGAAGCACUUCCCAGUCCUGAAUAAGUACGGUGCAUCGUAUGAAUUCGAUGUUCCCUUCAACACUCUUUGUGGAGAAGAUCACACUUGUCAGACGGAUUUGUCGUUGAAGGCAACAUUCAAGGAUAUCCCAUUAACUCCGAAUGGAUAUGUUUCAAAUGUCGGCGAAAAGGAUUAUCUGGAUGUGACAUUCACGGUGGAGAACAAAAAAGAAAAGGCUUAUCAAGCUAAUUUCUAUUUGGAAUACAAUGAGGAGGAGCUGGAAUUGCCACAAGUACACGGAGCAAAACGAAUGAUAGCAGAGACAAUUGGAAAGAAUAUCGUACAUUUACCACUUGGAAAUCCAAUGAAUGGAGCAUCAAAACAUCAUUUCACUAUUCAAUUCAAGUUGACACGUGGAAGAACUGAAGGAAUCGGAAAGGCACUCAAGUUUGUGGCUCACGUGAAUUCGACAUCUCAGGAAACAGAGGAAGAGUUGAAGGAUAAUAAGUGGGAAGCUGAAGUUCAGAUUAUCAAAAAAGCGGAGUUGGAGAUUUAUGGAAUCAGUACUCCUGAUAGAGUUUUCUUUGGAGGAAAGGCGAAAGCUGAGUCUGAAUUGGAGUUGGAAGAAGAUAUUGGAACCAUGGUUCGUCAUAAUUAUACAAUCACUAACCAUGGACCAUGGACUGUUCGGAAUGUGAUUGCGAAGUUCGAUUGGCCAUAUCAAGUUCAUUCGAGAUUUGGAAGAGGAAAAUGGGCGUUGUAUCUUUUAGAUGUUCCAACUAUCACCACUGAAUUCACGGAUGGAACGAGAGAAGUGAGGAAGUGUUCCAUCGAACAGAAGUAUGAAUAUGUGAAUCCAGCGGAUAUCAAGUUGAAUACAAAGUACAGUACUCAAGAGACAACACCUCAUCGAGUAGAGCACAGGUAUAAACGAUCAACUGAGUCUCAAGAAGACUAUCAGGAAGCAGAUGAAGAAGAAUUGAGAACAUCGAGAGAUGAAGAGAAACCAGAAGGAUUAGUUCAGUCUCUUGCUAAAAUGUUCAGUUUUAACUUCCACUCGGGAGUUGAUGGAAUCAAGAGAGAAGUUCACAAUUUGAGUUGCCAAGAAAAAACUGCGAAUUGCUUCACAGUAGUUUGUCACUUUGAUUUCAUUGAUGCCAACUCUGCAGUCGUCGUGGAUUUCCGUGCUCGGUUGUGGAAUUCCACGUUCAUUGAGGAUUUCUCUGGAGUGGAAAGUGUCAAAGUGAAGUCAUUCGGACGGCUGGAAUUGGAUUCUUCGCAAGGAAUUGAUGAUAAUCCAGACAACAAUCAAGCGUCUGUCACAACUUCUGCUGAUCCCGAUAGGCCUACUAUUGGUGACUCCCGUCCUAUCCCAUGGUGGAUCAUCGUGGUAGCCGUCGUCAUCGGAAUUCUCAUAGUCCUUCUCCUCAGUUUUAUUCUAUAUAAAUGCGGUUUCUUCAAACGAAAACGUGUCGAUCAACCAUCUCUCUACACUGCCCAGUUACGACAUGAACGAGAGCAAUGGGCUGAAUCGGGACUAUAG